AUGGUGGUGCCCUCCAAGACAGUUUGGUGCUGGCCUGUUCUCCUCUUUGCUAUGACCGGGGGGUUUGCUUUCUGGCUGCUUGAUGUCGGCUUUUCAUUGCCCAAGCAAGCGAUUGGGGCAUUCCGUGAACGUGAAGGGUCCAGUGCCAGUGCCCCAAUACGACAGACUGAGCCAUUGAAAGACAUCACGACAGAUGAGAAAAAGCUGAUAACAAGCUUGGUGGAGGCCGGGCAGAGAGGUGACUGGAUUCAAGCAGCACGACUUUGGCGUGGCUACUCAGGGCAGGCUGUGCCGGUAUUUUCCGCUGCCAUGCAAGCAGCUCACAGGUGUGGCCACUUCCAAGAAGCCUCGCGCAUGUACGACCAGCUGCGGAACGAUUCGAAGGCAAAGGUGGAUGCCGCGACGUUACACCUGGGAAUAAAAACUUAUGGAAAGCUACUUGACCAAGGGCGCGUGCUUGAGAUCUGGCGGGAGGCAGAGGAGAGGGGCCUGGUGAACAAGAUCAUUGCAGGUGCGCGUGUUGAUGCGGCUGCGGAGAUGGGUAACAUGACCGAGGCGGUGGCAGUGCUUGACGACAUGGAGAGGCGCAGGCUGGAGACCAAUAUCAUCAACUUCAACUCCGCUAUAAAUGCUUGCAAGAAUGCGAAGCACAGUCGUCGUCAUGAGGCCGCCAUGUUCCUCUUCGAUACCAUGUUAACACGAAGUCUAGAGCCGACGGUCGUGACCUUUGCCAACCUUGUUGGAGCUCACCGCGCGGCUCCAUUACAGCAGAUCUCCGACCUCCGUGGGCGCAUGGCAGCUUUGGGAAUCCCAGCCAACCGCGUCUUUGCGGAAACGUACCUCGGUGCCGUCUGCGGCCGUUUUGAGAAAAUGGUUGAGCUUCCGAAGGAAAGGCGAUUGGAGGCACGGCUUGCGCUUCGCGACUUCCGGACGGCGGGUGUCGAGCUCACGCGCCUCUGUGAGCUUUUGGAUGCAACCCUCAGCAAAAUGCCGGUGUGGCCCUAG